CCAGCGCGGGGACCAUAGAAUCGUCCAGUUGCAGCAAACACUUCAAAUGGAAGAGUGAGGACUAGAUAGUAUGUGGAAUGUCCCUCUGUUCAUAAUCUAUAGUCAUCAGGUGGCAAGAAACAAUUUUUACAGUGAUUACAUAAUUAUUUUUUUAAAGUUAAUUUUAUUGACUGUUUGUUGCAAACGACUUUUUAUUUAUCGGAAUGGAUUCUAAGUAUAACUGAGAGCUGUUGAAUCAUCGAUAUGCCAGCCUCAGCGUCAUUCCACAGAAUUCGAAACAGUCUGAAGGAUCCACACUUCCUGAAAACGAAAAACUAUUCCAAGAAUAUGGAAUUCCUGAGCAGCGAUUCCUCCUGAGGUUGGUCCAGAACGAAGAAUUCUUCGGGAAAGAACGAUAUGCUGGUGGUGUGUGGCAGCAACGCAAGUGAAUCCUGCAUCACGGAAGAGAUCAGCAGGGGUGGAUCGAUGGGAGCAGAGGGCAAAUCGUCUGUAUCUUCAUCACCUGUAAGGUGUGCUGGAUGCGGGGGUGUCAUCGUUGACAGGUACUACCUGUUGGCUGUUGACAGACAGUGGCAUAUGUCUUGCCUGACCUGCUGUCAGUGCAAAGUGCAACUGGAUUCUGAAUUGACCUGCUUUUCCAGAGAUGGCCAUAUUUAUUGCAAGGAAGAUUAUUACAGGUUGUUUUCUAUCAAGCGUUGCACCCGCUGCCACCUAUCCAUCUCUCCAAGGGAACUGGUGAUGCGAGCCAGAGAACACGUCUACCACCUCCACUGUUUCACUUGCGCCACUUGCAACAAACCCCUCACAAAAGGUGAAUACUUCGGACUGAAGCAGGACAUCAUUUAUUGCAGGAGUCACUAUGAGAUGCUUCUGCAAUAUGAGAGGCCCUACCUCUGUUCCCAGCAGUGUUUGAAAGAAGAGGGCAAGCAAGAUUCAGACGGCAAGUGCUUCAACGGAAGGUGCCAAAACAUUGCACAGAUUCCUAACCUGCCCUGCGGUAUGGAACUGUUCCAACAGCAGCAGAGGACAGUAAAUAGUGGGGAAGAUCUUCCCAUCAGGACUGUGAAUGCAAUCGGGAAGAAUGCUGGUCAGAAGGGAAGACCAAGAAAGCAAAAGAGCUUUCUCUCCUCUUCAUUACUGCUGGCCCACAGGGGUCCCAGCUCCGAUGACCACUGUUCCUUGUCAAGUGAUCACCACUCGCCGCUUCAGCACAAUUCGAACAGCUUGACCGCUGUGGGAAGUGACAGCAGCACUUCAAGUGAACACCUGACGCGUCCAAAGCGCAUGCGCACAUCCUUCAAGCAUCAUCAGCUGAGGGCGAUGAAAUCAUAUUUCUCGAUUAAUCACAAUCCUGAUGCCAAAGAUCUGAAACAGCUCUCCCAGAAGACUGGCUUGUCGAAAAGGGUGCUACAGGUUUGGUUCCAAAACGCCAGAGCAAAGUGGAGGCGAAAUUUGCUCCGUCAGCAAAGCCAAGGUCCAGAAAUCGCACAGGACUGCAAACCUCUCUCUGAACUGGCGUCUCAGCCUCAAUUCUGCGAUCCAUUUCGACUGGGUUCCUCGAUCCUCGAUGUCCAGCCGACACCCAUAACACAGGAGGAACAGAACAUACAGACUUUUACUAAUUUACUCUAAAAUUUGCUCACUGUUUUUGUAGGGACAAUCUGUGUUCUAGUAAAUGAGUCGAUAUUGCGGAGCAUGAUAUUGUGAGCUGGUAAAAUGAAAUUUUUUUUAAUGGAAAUAUUUUAAUCCAUUUGAUAUACUCUCUGAAUCUCAUGUAAAUUUUAAACGGUUUUAACUUUUUUAACAAUACUGAUACUCCUGAG